AUGACAGUCAUGUCCCUCUCCAGGGACCUCAAGGACGACUUUCACAGUGACACGGUGCUCUCCAUCUUAAAUGAGCAGCGCAUCCGAGGCAUUUUAUGCGAUGUCACCAUCAUUGUGGAAGACACCAAGUUUAAAGCUCACAGCAAUGUCUUGGCUGCCUCAAGCCUUUAUUUCAAAAAUAUAUUUUGGAGCCAUACAAUCUGUAUUUCUAGCCAUGUCCUGGAGCUGGAUGAUCUGAAAGCUGAAGUGUUUACAGAAAUACUUAAUUAUAUCUACAGCUCCACUGUUGUGGUCAAGAGACAGGAAACUGUCACUGAUCUUGCAGCUGCGGGAAAAAAGCUGGGAAUAUCAUUCUUGGAAGACCUUAGUGACCGCAACUUCUCAAAUUCCCCAGGUCCCUAUGUAGUCUGCAUUACUGAAAAGGGCGUGGUUAAAGAGGAAAAAAAUGAAAAAAGGCACGAAGAACCAGCCAUUACUAAUGGGCCAAGGAUCACAAAUGCAUUUUCCAUCAUUGAAACGGAAAAUAGUAAUAACAUGUUUUCUCCACUGGACUUGAGGGCAAGCUUCAAAAAAGUGUCUGAUUCUAUGAGAACAACCAGCCUCUGCCAGGAGAGGACCAAUGUCUGCCACGAAGCAGAGCCUGUCCGCACACUUGCUGAACACUCGUACGCUGUUUCUUCUAUCACUGAGGCUUACAGGAAUCAGCCUGUACGGGAACAUGACAGCAGUUUAUCUGGUAAAACGGGAAAAGAAAAUGGCGAAGCUCUUGUCACAAAAGUAAAGCCAUGCCGAAAGCCAAAGACCCAAUCCCAGGAAUCUGACUCAACCCCAGAAAAGACACCACUGCUUCCAGUAACCAGCCCAGAGGUUAAUCAAGAAAAAAGUCCACAGCCAGCUCCGAUUCUGUCACAGUCAGAACCUCCCAGCAAGGAAGGAGAUGUCCAUUUUACCAGGGAAGAGGAAAACCAACCCUCUGAUGAUAUUCCUGGCCCAACAGCAGCCGAGGUCCCUCCCCUCGUCUAUAAUUGCAGCUGUUGUUCCAAAUCCUUUGACAGCAGCAUACUGCUUAGUGCCCACAUGCAGCUCCACAAGCCAACCCAAGAACCUUUUGUGUGCAAGUACUGCAACAAGCAGUUCACCACCCUCAACAGGCUGGAUCGGCAUGAACACAUCUGUAUGAGGUCUAGCCAUGUGCCCAUCCCAGGAGGAAACCAACAGUUUUUAGAAAACUAUCCCACUAUUGGACAAAAUGGAAGUUCAUUCCCAAAUCCAGAAUCCUUAGUACCAGAAAAUAACAUUGGUGAACUUUCCAGCGCUGGGAGUGCCUUGCCAGACGCUGACCACAUAGUGAAAUUUGUGAAUGGGCAGAUGCUCUAUAGUUGCAUUGUGUGCAAACGUAGCUAUGUGACUUUAUCCAGUCUCAGAAGGCAUGCAAAUGUUCACUCGUGGAGAAGAACAUACCCUUGCCAUUACUGCAACAAGGUCUUUGCACUGGCCGAGUACAGGACACGGCAUGAGAUCUGGCAUACUGGAGAGAGGCGGUACCAGUGCAUAUUUUGUCUUGAAACUUUUAUGACCUACUACAUACUAAAAAACCAUCAGAAGUCUUUUCAUGCCAUAGAUCACAGACUCUCCAUCAGUAAAAAAACUGCAAAUGGAGGCUUAAAACCUAAUGUCUACCCAUAUAAACUUUACAGGCUCUUGCCUAUGAGAUGCAAGAGGGCACCUUAUAAGAGCUUCCGGAAUUCUUCCUACGAAAGUUCUCGAGAAAACAGUCAAAGGAGCGAGUCUGCACCAGAUACAUUUGUUGUUCCAAAUUCGCAAAGCUCUGAAAUGCCCACACUGAACUUCCAAGAUGGCAGAAACACCUUGACCAGCAUCCCCGCCAUCCCAGUGGAAACACCUGCACAUCAGGGCACACUCACUUCUGCCAAAGUAAAAAAUGCAGAAGGCACCAAAUGGAAAAAGGAGGCACUGAAAACUGGUCUUGUCAAUAACUUUGAUUCAACUGAGGCAUCAGUGUCUUCCACCGUCCGUGCCAAUCUCCAGGCAGAGCCCACACAUGGUGCGACCAUGGGUGGAGGCAGUGAGCAGUCAGCCUCUGUGAUCAGCUACAGUGGCUCGGUGCCCUCGGUCAUUGUGCACAGCAGCCAGUUUUCAUCGGUGAUUAAGCACAGCAAUACAUUUGCUGCCCUGACCAGCAGCAAUGACAAGGCCCCUUCACAACCAGUCAUCAGUCCAUCCCUGAAAGAAGAUAGCAAACCUGAGGCAGAUAAAGCCAGUAAACUUGCAAGCAGACCCAAAAGCAUUAAAGAGAAAAAGAAAGCUAUUCCAUGUAACAGGGGAGAAAUAACAGAGGAGGCAAAACACGUUGCUGACCCAGGAGGGUCUUUGGGCAAAACCACAAAUGCCGUUGAAGAAACCAGCAAAAUUGAAACUUACAUUGCAAAACCUGCUCUGCCUGGCACCUCCACAAAUAGCAAUGUUGCACCCCUUUGCCAGAUAACAGUGAAAAUUGGAAAUGAAGCCAUUGUGAAAAGGCAUAUCCUUGGGUCCAAGCUGUUUUACAAAAGAGGGAGGAAACCCAAGUAUCAAAUACAGGAGGAGUCGUUGCCUCAGGAGAGUGACCCAGAAACCCAUGGGGACAGCCCCCUUGGGCUUUGCCAGGCUGAAUGCGUAGAGAUGAGUGAAGCAUUUGAUGACGCGAGUGACCAGGAUUCCACUGAUAAGCCGUGGCGCCCAUACUACAACUACAAGCCCAAGAAGAAAUCCAAACAGUUGAGAAAAAUGAGAAAAGUUAAGUGGCGGAAGGAGCACGGGGUCAGAAGCCCCAGCGGUAGGUGCAGAUACCCAGCGGAACUGGAUCGUGCAGAGGUAAAGCCACCUCCGGAUAAGGCUUUUGAAGAAGAAGAAAAUAAAGAGAUGCCCAAACUCCAGUGUGAGCUCUGUGAUGGCGACAAAGCAGGGGGGAUGGAAGCCGAAGGCAAGCCCCACCAGCAUCUCACGUUGAAGCCUUACAUCUGCGAGCUUUGCGCAAAGCAGUUCCAGAGCCCGUCCACGCUCAAGAUGCACAUGAGAUGCCAUACUGGAGAGAAGCCAUACCAAUGCAAGACCUGUGGGCGGUGCUUCUCAGUGCAAGGAAACUUACAGAAACACGAGCGCAUCCACCUGGGUGUGAAGGAGUUCAUCUGUCAGUAUUGUAACAAGGCAUUCACAUUGAACGAGACUCUUAAAAUCCACGAAAGAAUCCACACGGGGGAGAAACGUUACCACUGUCAGUUCUGCUUUCAGGGCUUUUUAUAUCUUUCCACAAAAAGGAAUCAUGAGCGGAGGCAUGUUCGGGAACAUGAUGGGAAAGGCUUUGCUUGCUUCCAGUGCCCCAAAAUAUGCAAAACAGCUGCUGCCCUCAGAAUGCACCAAAAGAAACAUUUGUUCAAGACCUUAACUAAGCAGGAGAAAACAGAUGACAUGUGCCAUGAAAACUCAGAUCUCUUGGAGAGUCAACUUUGCACUGAUUCGGAAGACAGCGACCAAAAGGAUGAUAUACAAACCUUUGCUAAAAGUGUCCAGUGACGACAGUUAGAAAAGUCUUCAAAAAGUUGUUUGUGAGUUUUUCUUUUCUUUCUUUCUUUUUUUUUGUUUUUGAUUUUUUUGUUUUGGGUUUUUUUUUUUUUUUUAGUUUUUUAAAGUUUAGUUUUGUUCUCUUAACAGUCACAAAGGAGUUGGGGGGAAGUUAAUUCUCAUUUGUGUAAACUCAAAAAAAAAAAAAAGAAAAGAAAAGAAAAAAAAAAGAUCCUAACACCUACUUUGGGUUUUAUCAUUCACUUCACACAGAGUGCAUAGAAACAAAAUAGCUGAAUUGUCUAAGGACCCAAGUAUUUUGUGAAGGCUAAUGACGUUCUUAGCUGUGGUAUUUUGAACAGUAAGAAAAAGCAGCUGAAUUUUAGCCUAAUUUAAAACUUUCUGGUGAGCGCUAAUGAGGACUGCUGAACUGUCAUUAGUCACUGGAGAAAAUAAGGGUCAGAAUCAUGAAAAUGGAAUCUCUGAGAUGUGUUAAAUGCUAAAUGAGCUAUGACAGUAUUUAUUCCCAUCCAGUUUCUGCACUAUUAAUCUUCGUUUAAAUCAAUGGGUAUUUACAAAAUACUUAACAAUAUAACUGAAAAUAUGUAAUGGGUAGUGUAAAGUAGGACAUUCAUACAUCAUCUAGAACUACUUUUCUGCAACAUAAACAUUGUAAAAUACAUAUAUGAAUCACUGUAGCUUUUAACUAACUGUCCGUGUCCCUUGUAAAGAAUAAUGAGCAAUAGACCUAUUGUUAAUGAGGACUGGUGUCAAAAUCAGUACAGCAUUUGGAAUCUGACCGAUGAGCUUGCGUGUGCUUCUCGAUGGAAUACUGCACUGUUAAAGUAUGGCUGAGCUGUUUUUAAGAACUGGUCUACUCAAGUCACACAAAACCUAAGUCAUGCCUUACCUAUGGGGAGAGCCUUCCCACAACUUACCUGAGAUUACCUAUGCCGUAUAAUCCUUUGCAAUGGCCUCACCUCAGAGAAUGAAGAAUGGUCAAAUUCUUCUGAACUCUCUGCAGUCUUCCAGUCCUCCCAAGGCCAUGGAUGUUGGGGGCUAUUCCACACAGACUUAAGGGGUCAAAUAAUCCUGAUGUCUCCCAUUCUACUGAAGGGUUAUGCAAGAGGUUGAGUACCAGACAUAACCUCUGUGGUGAUGAAGUUAGAGGCACUUGGAAACAGCAGAAAGCCUAAUUCAGUUGUACACCUUGGAGAUAAUGCAGCCCACAGGUGCAUACUAGCUAAAAGGACAACAGAAGCCCCCACCCCCUCUGAUGACAUGAGGACAAGGGGAAGUGAUGACCUCCCUUUCCUCAAACAGCAGCAUUGUUUCUGAGGGAUGGGGAGAUAGGGUGAGGAAGGACAGGGUUAUGCCCUUACCUACAUGACUCCGAAGCACUGACUUUAUGUCUGCAGACAUCUAGCUCCCUUGAUAAAGCCUCAUAUUUCUAAGUCGUUUUUUUUUCUAUUGAUGCAAACUGUCCUCAAAAGUCUAUUUGCCCUUCAGGGUAUCCUUUCAUGUGAACUAGGAUCCUGGCAAGCUGGAACUCACGAUUCUUACUGUUAAAACUGCCAGGAUAGGAGGGAGGGAGAGCACAUUCCUACCCUUCCUUCAGUCACCAGUGUGAGCAAACUUCACAGUUCUAGAGUGGCCAGCAGCCGUUCCUGUUCACUGGAUUUGGUAGAUGGAAAUCCAAGGCUGGAAAGUUAUGAAGAAGUAGUUCAGAGGACUCCAGUUGGUUGCAACAAGUGUUGUGGUGUCUCCAUGAAGAAGACUUAGUGUGGUUUGGGGAGGCAAGAAAACAUAACACCCAGGAAAAAGGACAUGAUUCAAGGUGACCUUUUGUACUGUAGUUGUUAAGCAACUCCAAUAUUGUAUCUGCGUUUAUCAUUUGUUCACCUUCUUUCACCUACAUGCAGUGUUAUAUACUAGAGGAAAAUGGGGAAAUACAAGCAAAUUCAUCUUUAUUUUAUCCAUUGUAUAUAUGUACACCCACACCAUUCACGUGUGUUUUGUUAAGGAGGUAGUCACAAAGGGCUUAUGAAAAUCACUUUUGAAUUAAUAAUUAGAUGACAAGCAAUCCUGUGAUCCACUAAUUUGUUUUAUCUCAGUUGUGAUUAUAAAGCAAUCAGUUAUGUAUUUAAGUUGUUUUGAUUUAACUACAAAUAUAAAAUUAUAUGUACCGAUGUCUCCCGGCGUUAUAUGUGGAUAUUUUUAAGUGGACUUGUAUGCUGAUAAUUCUAGACCAAAGUAAAUAUGGCAGAAUAUUUAUACAUAAAAAUAAUUUUGCAAAUAUUUUCUAUAAUUGUACUAUUCAUUUAAAAUGUUGAUAGCUUGUGUUAGUUUCAGGGAGGGGUGUAUAUUUUGAUAAAAUACUUGACUUUGUAAUUCUGUAUAUUCUAUACAAUUUAUAGCAGAGCCAUUUAAGACAACUGGUUACAUUUUUUUGUUGAUUGUGAAAAUGUUAUGAGUGGUGUUUAAGUAUGCAUCAAGUACAUAACGACCAAGUAGAAUUAAAGUGUAAACAGUGAACAUACUGUAUGUUGUACAAGAUAUAUUGUAACUUGCUGUUUUAGCAUCUGUAUUUUGGUUAGAAGAUAUUAUUAAAUGCAGAUGUUAAGGAUUGGAAAGGUUUAAUUUUAUUUUUAGAAAUAAUAAAUAUAAAUUUGUUUUGCUUGAUUAAAAUAGCUUAUUCCUACA